AUGAAGGUGGAAGCUGCAGUCGAGGCGAAGGAGAACGCCGAGGCCGGACCCAAGCCCGUCAGCGCGCUCGAAGCAGAGGUGGGCAUCACCGUCUUGCUUGGCAGCAGUGCGCCGUGGAUCGGCAUCGUCAAGCACAGGUUUACAGACUUCCAGGUGCACGAGGUGGCGCUCGAUGGCCAGGUGGCCCAUCUGACCGAUCUCACCUCCGUUCCGCCCGACACCACCAAGCCGCCCGCCGACGCCGCCGAGCCCGCCGCCGCCUCUGUCGACGCCGGCGCCGCCGAUGCUGGCGAUAAGGGCAAGGAGCAGCUGGACGACGAUGCGGAGGCCGAGGCCGAGCGACUGGCCAAGGAAGAGCAGGCCGAGACCGAGGCCCGCGCCGCGCUGGUCCAGCUGCUGGGCGACGAGCAGACCGCGCGCGUGUUCGACUGGAUGCACCAGACCAAGGCCGAGCAGGUUGAGCGCACCAAGCAACUUGCCACGUCAUCGUCAUCAUCGUCAUCACCAGCAGACCAGCCGCCGCAGGACGACAAUGGCGGCCGGGGCGGUUGGCGCGGCCGAGGCGGUCGCGGUGGCCGUGGCGGGCGCGGUGGUCGGGGUGGUCGUGGCGGCGGCGGUCGCGACGCCGGGAUUGUUGAGUACAAGGAGCUCAAGCUGGCGCCGAGCGACGACAAGUCUCAGCGAACGGAGGUGCACAAGGCCUUCCGUGUCCACUUCGAGGGCUUCCUCGACACGAAGACGCAGGACGACAGCGUGGUGGUCAUGGUCGUCGGUCGCGCCGAUCGUCGCGGCGCCCGACCAGCCGGCACCGGCGGCCGCAGCGACGCCGCCAACCAACGCAAGCGGCAAUGGCCGACGUGCUGGGGUGACUACCUGCAGUUCGUGCUCUACAAGGAGAACAAGGACACCACCGCCGCGGUCGGCCUCCUCGCCAAGUUCACCAAUGCGCGCGCGAGUCGGUUCUCGUAUGCCGGCACCAAGGACAAGCGAGGGGUCACCACCCAACACAUGACGAUCUAUCACAUGCGCGCCGAGCAGCUGCGCGGACUCAACGCCAAGCUGUACGGCAUGCGCGUGGGCAACUUCUCUUAUGUGUCGCAACAGCUUCGUCUGGGUGACCUCUUUGGCAACCGCUUUUCCGUCGUGCUCCGGGAGGUGUCGGCCUCGGAGGAGGAGAUCAACCACUCCCUCACUGAGCUCAAGCGGACCGGUUUCGUAAACUACUACGGUCUGCAACGCUUCGGCACGGGGUCGGUGGCAACGCACCGCGUCGGCAUCGCACUGCUGCAGGGCCAGUGGAAGGAGGCCGCCGAUCUCAUCCUGCAGCCGCGGACCGGCGAGGAGCAGGAAUGUGAGAGCGCGCGCAAGUACUGGGCGGAGACUGGUGACAUCAAUGGAACGCUGCGCAAGCUGCCUCGCCAGCUGUUCAUCGAACGUCUGUUGCUCCAGGGCUACCAGAAAAUGGGCAAAACGCAACACCUCGCCGCCUUCCAAACGCUGCCGCGCAACCUGCGAAUGCUGUACCCGCACAGCUAUCAGUCGUACGUGUGGAACUGCAUGGCCAGCGAACGCGUGCGCAAGUACGGCGCCGACAAGCCCGUGGUGGGCGACCUCGUGCUUCUUGACACCAAAGGACGGGACAUUGGCGAGCCGGUGGACGAAGUGGACGAUAAGAUGGGCGAGGAGGGAGAGGAAGAGGAGAUCGACAACGCGGAGGAUGCCAACGCGCCAAAGUACAGCGUCAAGGUCCUCACCGAGGAGGACCUGCCCAACUACACCAUCUACGACGUCGUGCUGCCUCUGCCCGGAUGUCAGAUCAGGUUCCCAGAGAAUGAGAUCGGGGCGGCCUACCAGCGAACGCUCGCCGAACAGGGUCUCUCUGUGAGCACCUUCAAUCACAAGGUCCGCGAUUUCCGUUUGCCCGGCAGCUACCGCCGCUUGCUGGGGAAACCGAUUGACCUCGAGUGGGAGUUCAUGUACUGCGACAACCCGAACGCAGAUCUGCUGCCGACGGAUCUCGACAAACUCGAGGGCAAGGCUCCGCUGCCCUCCCAGGGCCUCACCACAGGGCGUCAUCGAGCGGUGAAGGUGUCGUUUACGCUGGGCUCGUCGUCGUAUGCGACGAUGUUGUUGCGGGAGAUGAUGAAGCAGGACAGCUCGGUCGACGUCCAGAAGCGGCUCUACGUCGCCCAGCGCGAGAAGCAGACUACCACCGCCUAG